GAUACGAAAUGAAUGUCGACUGGGUUUUAAUUUUAAGGUUUAGUUAAGGUUUCAGUGAGGAAAUACAGUAGCAAAUACCGGUAGCAACUUUUUUGUGGAUCAAAACUCUCUGUCGUACCGUACAGUACGGUACCGGCCGGUACGAAGUCUCGACCAGACUCUGUUGAGCAGUACCCUUUUGAACACCGCGCAAGCAAGAGGUGAAUCUCUGUUACUACACGAAGCACCAAUAGCUUGCCGCAAGUCAACUGUCUUUCCUCCGCUUGUGAUUUUCAAUCAGCCAAGAACAGCAAAAAGGAGUUAGAAUUUGCACCUGCAGCUAGAAACGGUAGUAUGCUAUCGGGAAUUCGAACCGGAAAGGCAAAAAAGAAAAAGUCCAAGGCAAAGACCGAAAAUGUUCCUUCGGAGCCAAACAGCGAUGCGACUAGUAUUCGUGACCCCCAUCCUCGCAUCGUCAAUUCUAAGGUGAAUAGCAGCAACAACACCGUCGCGAACGCUAACCACAAAAACGAAGCGAAUUUAUCUGUAGCAGAACGAUUGAAACAAGCCCUGGCGUCGGGCGUUCCCUUCCAAAAGAGCAGCAAACCUUCCACCGCUACGGAAGAAGCCCCGGCGUCGUCCGGGUCCUACAUGGAACGAGUCGUUGGUAAAGGCAGGGUUGAGGGUACCUCGGCCGGUGCCUCGAUGAUUGUUUUGGACGCACCUGGUACGUCCGCGUCCUAUAGCAAAAAGCGCGAGGAAGACAUGACUGCAACAGAACUGGCGGCCAAGGAACGAGCCACGGGAGGAGAAAACUCCAUGUCGUGGAACGAACACAUGGCGCGGAACAUCAUGCGGGUAGGGAAAAAACGCAAGAUGAAAGCAAGGACCGCUGCCGGGGAAGACAGCGAUGAGGAAGUUGAGCGCAUGAAAAGACACCUGCCGGACUACCACCUGAACGAAAGUGGUAGCGGAAGCAGUGCCAAGAGAGCAGCGAAGCAACUCGAAAAGGAAGAGCAGCGGGAUCGACGGCGGCAGAUUGAUCGCUACCAAAAGCAAGAAAAGAUAACGUCCAUGUGCUCUUGGUGGAUCAAUUCGUCGAGCUUUGCGAAACACCGCCUUCUGGCGUUUGGAAAGCACGUUUCGCUCAUGAUGGCCCCUCCGAAUUCGUCUCUACUGCCCGGGCACCAGUUCUACCUCGUCCCACUGAAACACGCGCCUUCAAUGGCGGAAUGCGACGAUCCAGACGUUCGUGAAGAAAUGAAGCUCUUUCGAAGCAGCCUCGAAAAUAUGUAUGCGAAAGAGCGGAAGGGCCUUGUGCUCUGCGAAACGGUGCUCCCGAACAAGAACUUUUGGCAGACCCGGGUCGAGGUGAUUCCGAUUCCCUUUUCGCAGCUGCAAGACGCACCAAUUUACUUCAAAUCCGCUCUGGUCGAACAGGCCGAAGAAUUCGGGACCCACACAAAGUUGUUUCGUACGUCACACAAGAAGCCGCUGCGGUCCGUCGUUCCCAAGCGAUUCCCGUACUUUCACAUCGAUUGGGGAAACAUUGCGACCAGCGACAGCACGGGAUACGCGCAGAUCAUUGAGUCCUCUAGCUUCCCCCGCGACUUUGGUCUAGAUACACUAGCAGGUAUGAUGGAACUGGAUCCGGUGCGCUUUCAGCGCAAGGUGAAAUUCCCGAAAGACACGGAAUCAAAACUGGUUGCCGAGUUUUCCGCCAAGUGGAAAUCAUUCGAUUGGACACAGCGGCUAGAAGAUUAGAUCAAAAUACCAUAAGACUGUUUGCUGAAAUAUUGUUAUUAAACAU